UGUUCCUGGCAUGAUGAAACCAGCAACCUUCCUCGGGUUAUUUCUCGUGUUACUUUCCUCUGCAAACGUUGGUGCAUACCCAACUGGAUGGCCUGUUACUUCAGGCGGUGGUGGUGGUGGUGGUUGGGGAAGCCAAGUCGUUAAUGGAAGUUGGUCGCCUUGGGGUCGAUGGAGUCAAUGCAGCAAACUCUGUGAUAGUGGCACCCAAGACCGCACAAGAAGUUGCACAAAUCCACCUCCCAGAGGUGGUGGUAGUUGUUUUGGGCAAUCUCGAGAAACGAAAUCCUGCAACACAUACAAAUGCUCGGAGGUCUGCGUGAAACUGAAACCAUGUGAUCACAUUUGCACCAACUUGAACAAUGGGCACUACAUCUGCAGCUGCAAUCCUUGUUAUACCCCAUCAGGAAAUAGAUGUAAUUUGGAGCAGUGUAAAAUAAACAACAAAUGUUAUCCUUUUAAGUACAUCAAUCCAGGCAAUCCCUGUCAGAAAUGUGAUAGCUCCAGAAAUACAUCAUGGACAAACGAUAAUGCCUUGUCAUGCGAUGAUGGCAAUGCAUGUACCAAAAAUGAUCGCUGCUCUGCUGGAAAAUGCAUUGGUACACCACUCAACUGCUUGUCGCCUUGUGAAGAGUGUUACAAUGAUGCCUGCCGAAUGAAAUCAGGAUACUGCUUAAUCUUUGAAAAAGGGACGAAAACAUGUGUUAGUGAUGGAAAUUCAAGGUCGGGGCGUCCAUGUCAGAAAUGUGACACCAGUAAAAGCGUAAGCACUUGGUCUGACAAUGACGGGGCAGCUUGCGAUGAUGGUAACAUAUGUACUCGAAGUGACAAGUGUAGCAAUGGCCAAUGUAAGGGUACACCUCUCACCUGUAACUCCAUAUGUCAGACCUGUAAUGGGAACAGUUGUGGUCUUAAAACUGGGUAUGGAUUUUCCAACGGCAAAUGCAAAUGUAAAAUCAACGGCCGCGACUAUGACCAUCACAUCCUUAAUCCAUCAAACCCGUGCCAGUGGUGUGAUCUGUUAGAUGUGACAGCCCGUGCUAGCAGCACAUGGUCUAAUCGCAACGGCGCUUAUUGUGACGACAAAGACAAGUGUACCAAAAGGGACGUGUGUAACGCAGGAAGUUGCAAAGGUCAGAGUUACAGCUGCCAAUCGUCUUACCCAUCCUCAAGCUGCAUUAGAACAUCUGAAUGUGUUGGAGAUGGUAGUUGUAGAGAUAUCAUGAGGACAAAAGGGACAGUAUGUCGAUCUGCUAAUGACAUGUGUGAUCAAACAGAAACGUGUGACGGCAGGCUUGGGAUUUGUCCUGCCUUUGUAGUUGAUUCAGUUACCGUUACGACUGGCACUGUGAAAAUCGUUGACCAGAAUUUCCACAACACAAUUUUCUACCAGCAUGUCACCGAUAAACUUUUCGUUACUAUCUCUGGUUUCAAUGUAUCGUGUGGAAAAAUGAAUCUGAGAUGGUUUCUUCUGCCAGGAGCGUCCAGUUGCUCCGGUUCUUCACUCGCAAACGGUAUCAUACAAAGCACCAACAACUUGCAAACUUUAUCAGGGUUGACCUUGCAAGAUGGUAAAAGCUACAAAAUUUCCAUUGCUGCAUCUGACUUGAGGGACAAAAUACAACAUCGUGAAUGCAGUUCGGCUGUAAUCGUCGACACUUCAAAACCCACACAUGGAUGGGUUCACGAUGGGGAAGCGGAUGACUUGGAUUAUCAAUCUUCUAAGCUUUUCCAAGUUAACUGGGGAGGAUUUCAAACCAGAAAUGGUAUUGACAACUACGAUUGGAAGGUUCUUCUUACCUCAUAUGGGAGUUCUCCGAACACAGAGUUAACCACUUUCUUUAGCGCGCACCUGAGUACUCAUAUGGACAUCAGAAUUAGCAAUAUUACAGAUGGCUCAAAAGUCCAAUUUGUCGUCCGUGCCUACACGAAAGCAGGACUUUAUGGAGAAGUUAAGAGCAAUGGAAUAAUUUUUGACAACACACCACCUGUAGCAGGAAAAGUCUUCGCUGGAGCUGAUAAUAAUGUCAAAUACGCCACCUGGAGAAAGAAGUUUUACACAAAUUGGAAUCCAUUCAAUGAUCCUCACACGACUAUGUGGCGAUACACAUGCGCAAUUAAAAAGCAAGGUAACCAGCUUAGCACUGCUUAUAGGGACAACGCUCUCAAUCGAAGUGCCACAUUUAGUGAAUUAGCCCUAAUCUCCGGAGAAAAAUACUGUGCAGUCGUGAGAGGCUACAACAACGCUGGUCUUUACACUGAAGCCACUUCUGAUUGGGUGUUGAUAGACUACGACGCUCCCCUGGCCG